AACUUCCCAGGGCACCCUGGCGGGUGACAUCCAGGCAGAGCCGACGGACUUGAGCGCCACCCGGUUCCCCUCUCGUCUUCCGGGACCAUGCAGUCUCCGAAAAAGGGCCUGAUCUGUAACCUGAACCACGUCCACCUGCAGCAUGUCUCCUUGGGCCUCCACCUGUCGCGCCACCCGGAGCUCCAAGAGGAUGCCAACACGUUGGCGCCCCCGAGAGACCGGGUGGGUUGCCAGGAUUGCCACGGUCACGGCGGCAACACCCGCGAGCUGGUAGACGCCAACUCCAACAACCCGUCGCUGCCCUGCCGCUGCUGCGACGGCCACACGCUGCAUUCGGAUCUCAAGCGAGGCCUCCAGGGUCAGCCUCUCUCGCCCAACUGCCUGGCUCUGAAGCGUGAGGAAGAAGAGGAGGAUGAAGAAGAAGAGGAGGAGGAAGCAGGUUCCCCGUCGGAGCUGGGCUCCUCAUCUGUUAGUAGCUCCUCAGAUAUCAGCCUGGAUGAGAGCCCGGUCUCUGUGUACUGCAGAGAAUUUCCUGCCGAGGAGCCGAGGAGUCCCGAGAGCCAGCCCAACAUUGUUCCCUUGGAAGAUGCUCGCGGCAUUCUCCCCCUCGCUGACCGCAAAGAUGAAAGCUUGAACCUCAACAUCCAGAUCGGUGAGCCACGCCCGUCCCGUGUCUGGGACAGCCCCGACAGCUUGUGCAGUGGUAGCUCAUUGGGGUCCACGCCUGACAUGUCUUCUCCGUGUGGGGAAAGCCCGGUCAAGUCGCCCCUCGCUGAUUCCUGCAGGGCUCCCCUGCCUGUACCUCCCCCGACCCGUCCCUUCAGGGCUCCCCCAGCCGUGCCAGCCCCCAAAAUCAGCCCAGAGCUGGAUUCAAACUGCAAUGCUCUCCCGUGCCAGGAAGCAGAGCCCGGAAAGCUCUUCUCGGACCUAGUGGACGUCAACUCGAACCAGGCUGCUCCAACGAGGCCUCGUGUUUUGAGCGGCCCUCCGCCAGUGCCCCCCAGAACGAAGAGGGGGCUUCAGGGGUUGAGGCGAAGCGAAGCAGGGAAGCCUGCGAUGGCCCUGGCAGAUCUGCCACCCUGCCAUGGCGACCCGCAGGCGGCGAGCAGCAGGAAGAACAUCACUUCCUUCCACGAGUUGGCGCAGAAAAGGAAGAAGCCCGCGACAUCAGUGGGGCCCCCACCCCAGACGAGGAAGGACCAGAGCGACUGGCUGAUCGUCUUCUCCCCUGACACUGAGCUGCCGCCAUUGAAUGAGCUGACGUGUGGCGUGGCCCCUUGCCGGGAGACGGCCGGGGCCCCAACUCCACCAUCAGAGCCGCCAGCCAACCCCGCCGGCCAAAGAGGGGUGACCACGUUCAAGGAAUUGCGCUGCCGGAAGCAGAAAGCCCAGGUGCACUUGAAGGCGGGCACCCAAACCCCAUGGCAAGUGGAUCCCGGGAAGGGGGUGCCUGACGGGAGCGCUCCGCCGGAGGUUGUCGUGGAGCCACCACCAAACAGGCCCUUCAGGCCCCCGAAGGAAAUCCCUCCCCGGAGGAGGAAAUCCCGCCCCGGACUGCAGCCCAUUGUGGAGGGAGGCUUUGAAGAAGGAGAAGAUGGAAGGAUGGAGGUGAAGGCGUCUGAUCGAACCUCCGAGGGCCCAUCCAAUGGGAGGAGGGACCCCUGGAUGCCGGGGAAGGAGGAGAGAGGAGAGAGGAGUUUUGUGGAGGGUAAGGCUUGGAUGAUCUCCCCUGAUGUGGAGGCUCAGAUUUUGGAGAGUCUCCCCCUCCCCCUAAAACAGGGCAAGAGCUAUAAUCAGCUGCCUUUUCCUGGUUCGGAGAGAAUCAUUUGUUGGCUUUUUGAAGCUGACGCCCUCCUUGCCCGCUCCUCCAGACCUCAGAAUCCGCCCUACCCACCUCUCCUGGUCCAUUUCUCUGUGGUGGAGGCCCCGGCAUCCCUGCACCCCUCACUCUGCCCCGGCUUAGAGAGUGUGGAGCUUACCUCCCCUGCCCCUCCUGCCCCGGCCUUCUGCCCCAGGCUCAAGACCUUGUCCUGCGAGGAGGUCUGCCUCCUGGCUGGGGGGCAGGGGCAGGUCUUGGGCACUCUCUCGCCCGAGGAGCUGCUCCCCAUCCGCCUCUCCCCCAUCGGGGCCUACUCCCCGCCUGCCAGGAGCGUCCUGCCUUUCCUGGAGAGCCCUGACCUGGCUGUGCUGUUCUCACCCCUCUUCCCCCGCAGCCGCACCUUCCCCGCCUUAGCUUUCCCACCCCGCCAGGUGCCCGAGGGGCCGUUUGGAGCCCGCCGCGCCCCCCUUGACAGCCAGGCUGGAGCAGGGCUCGGGAGAGUGCCCUGGGGCAGUAUGGAAGCCAAAGAGCCGGGAGCUCCCAAGCAACUCAAACAUUCCCAGUCCUUUGGCGGUGUCCCAAAUACCAGCCAUCUGUGGGGGGCCGAUGCUGAUCGAGUCUGUGCCCAACUUCGAGAACAAAAGAAAGCUUUGCUCGUGGCAGUUAGUGCCUCCGUGGACAAGAUCGUCGCCCAUUUCAGCACAGCCCGGAACCUUGUUCAGAAGACCCAGCUGGGAGACAGCCGCCUCAGCCCAGACAUCGGCUACGUGGUCCUGACCACUCUGUGCCCUGCCCUGCGAGCCCUGGUGGGAGACGGCCUGAAACCCUUUCAGAAAGAUGUCAUCACGGGCCAGAGACCGAGUUCCCCGUGGAGCGUUGUGGAAGCCUCAGCCAAGCCAGGCCCCCACGCUCGGUCGCUGAAUGCCUUGUACUGGCGGGUAUCACGCUUGGCUCCACUUCGCAGCAACCAGCAGCGCUUCCACGCUUUCAUCCUGGGCCUCCUGAACAUGAAGCAGUUGGAACAGUGGUUUGCCAACCUGCAGCGGAACUCAGAGCUGAUCUCGGCGCUGUACUCGCCCACCGCUUUCCUGGUACUCAGCCAAGGCUUCUGCCGCCGCUGGGCCGACGAGCUCCUCCUGCUGCUCCAACCGCUCUCCAUGCUGACCUUCCAGCUGGACCUCCUCUUCGAGCACCAGCACCUGCCCCUCAACGUCCGGCCGCCACCCCGGCGUCCCACCCCACCCACCGAGCUGCUUGCCGGUUCCCAGAAGGCUCGCGGAGGAAGCCGAGUUGCUUUGCCCAAACGCCUGCUUCCUCUCGCCGGCCUCGCGGAAGGGCCCGUGGCCCAAUCCAGCCCGCUCCACGAGCCCCAGGCCGGGCCGCCUUUGCACCAGAGACUCCUGCGGUGGGGCGACCGGCUGAGCCACACCUUCCGAGGCGGCGAGGGAGCCCCCGAGGCGGAGGCGGGUGCCGAAGGGAGCUGUCAGGAGAGCGAAGAGAAGCAGCAGAGCUGGUGGGAGCAGCUGAGCCGGGCCUCGGGGGUCUACGGCGACCCCCCGAAGCAGGAGCGCUUCCCUCACACCCACUGGACCAAGCUGAGGGCGGCUCUGGGAGAAGCUGUGGAGGCGGCCCGCAGCGGGGCUGGAGAAGCUAGCGUGAGCCCCGACGUGCUCCCUCAAGCGCCCGGCGCCAGAGGAAGCAGCUCACUGGAGAGCCCAAGGCAGGCACCCCCUGCCUGCGAGGAAGGCAGCUCACCCGUAGGGGAAGCUGUAGAGAAGCCAGAGGCGACCUGCUUGCCAGAUGCCCAGGAGGCAGCCGAAAAGCUUGAGGGCGCUGGAACUGCAAAGGGGAACUGGCUAGGGUGGCUCUUCGGGGCAGCCGCUCCAGGAUGCGCCAACGAGGCCGAUUCUCACCUAUCGAAAUCCAGCAGGCGCCCGUCAAGCUGGUUGCCGCCCACCAUGAACAUCCUGGCUCUGGUGAUGAAGGGGGCACCGGCUGAGAAGAGCUGGCCAGAGGAAUCUUGGGAAGACGUCCCACCAAGCCCACAACAGCCAUACAGGGCCGUUCGCGCUCUCUGCGACCACGCUGGGAGCAGGGACGACCACCUCAGCUUCCGCAAAGGCGAUGUCUUGCGGGUCCUGGACACGGUGGACGAAGACUGGAUCCAGUGUUGCCACGGAGACCGCCGAGGCCUAGUCCCCGUCGGCUACACCUCUCUCAUCCUGUGAACUGCGCAGGGAGAAGAUGGCAAGGCUGCGGCUGCCGUGGGGGGAAGUGGGGCACACCAAAAGGAUCGCCCCACUCCUGCCUACACACAAACACACUUUAUAAACGCACUGCUGAAGGAAUUUCAACAAAUUGACAUGGACACUAAGAAGCUGAGGGUGCCUACCCCCUACCCCCCCCCCCCCCGAUUGCACCCGUUAUCCUCAUGGGCCCCAAAACGAUGUCUGUGUUCCUCCCCCCCCCCUCGGCUGUGGGUGUGGAUUCUGCCACAGGGCUCCCACCGCCUCACCAUUCCCUUCUUUCGAACUCUUCUCCUGCCUCUCACCUGACUUGGCCAACUGCCCUUGUGCUCUUCCUACCCCCCCCCCCGAAUCACACAUUUAAGCGCUUGUGCUUGCUGCUUUCCACGAUCGUGUAACACACACACACUGUCCGCCAAAGUAUGGUUCUCUCUCAUCUGUAUAUUGCAUAUAUCUGUGUAGAUAUACAUACAUAUAUAUAUAUAUAUAUAAUAUUAUAUAUUUCAUCUUUCCUGCU